UAAGGAGACAAGUAGUGAUUGGAUAAUUAGAGGCUUGCUCAGAGGCUACAACUUCAUUAAUUAAACUCGUUCACAGUUAUCACAUGCUAAAUUGCAAGAUCAUUAUGAGGUACUUGGUGAGUCGCUCGGACAUGCAUCAGUUUAUUGAACGCUGCAUGAAAGCAGUGGGUGCCCAGAGCAGCCAUGGCUCAGCGUUGGCUGAAGUCUUGGUGGAGGGAGAUUAUCGAGGACAUUACAGCCAUGGACUCAACAGGCUUGAUAUGUAUUUGAAAGACCUGGAGACCGGAAUCUGUGCCAAGGAUGGAGAGCCUUUAAUUGAAAAGUCAACAGUGGCUACAGCAUUGGUAAAUGGCAAUAACCUGAUAGGGCCUGUGGUUGGCAAUUUUUGCAUGGAUCUGGCUAUUCAAAAAGCCAAAGAUGUGGGAAUCGGAUGGGUAUCAGCUUAUGGAUCUAAUCAUUACGGCAUUGCAGGAUUUUAUUCCAUGCAAGCACUAAAACACGGUUUAAUUGGAAUGACUUGCACUAACACCUCUCCAGUGGUUGUGCCAACCAGAGGAAAGAAGUGUACUCUGGGGACCAAUCCUAUUAGUGUUGCUGCUCCAGCCCUGAAUGGUGAUAGCUUUGUUCUGGACAUGGCCACGUCAGCGGUGGCUCUGGGAAAGAUAGAAGUACAGCAAAGACAUGGAGAGAAAAUUCCAGUAGGAUGGGGCUGUGAUUCCAAAGGCAAAGGUACCACUGAUCCAACGGAGGUUCUGAAGGGUGGAGGGCUAUUGCCCCUGGGAGGAAGUGAGGCUACAAGUGGUUACAAAGGAUAUGGACUGAGUCUGAUGGUGGAAGUAUUCUGUGGCAUACUGUCAGGAUCUCUAUACAGUGAAAACAUUCGUCCCUGGAAGGAGACAAACAAGGUGGCCAAUCUGGGACAAUGUUUCAUUGCCAUAAGUCCAAAUUGCUUUGCUUCGGGUUUUGAGGAAAGAAUGUCAGACUUACUUAAGAUACACAGAACACUAGAACAAAGUGAACCUGGCCUUCCUGUCCUGACCCCUGGAGACCCAGAAGCCCUACAUAUCACAGAGUGUGAACAUCACGGUGGCAUUCCAUAUCACGUCAGUGUUAUCGAUUUCAUGAACUCAGUUGCAAAGGAUCUUGGAGUCGACUUGAUCCCAACCAAUCGCACAAUCGAUCCCUGAGCACUUGGUUCUAGAAGUUGCAUGGAUGAAUCAGCAAGGAGUGGCUUCAGGACUUACUAACGACGUACAAUCCUCAGGAUUAUACAGUUUGCAUUUUAGCUCAUUGUUUAAUGUUGCAAUUUCAAUUAGGUGGAGAUAUAGUUUCAACACAUUUAAGCCAAGGAUUAAGGUGUUUCUUAUGCUAAAACAUUCUUCCUCAGCAGAACAUUAGGAAGUGACAAGGUUCCCACUUGCCCCUUGAGGGAACGUGUGGAUGAGCUGAGUGAUGUUCAGCAAUAAGGUGCCCACUAACCUGAGCCCACACUUGAUUGGUUUAAGGCUGGGACAUGAAUUGAUGGGUCAGCAAAUCUUUGGGGCUUAAUAGGUAUUUCAAUGCUGUUGCAAUAUGAAUCAUUUUAAAGGAGGUAUUUUAUUCUGGGAUUUGGGUUUGAAAUUAAAGCUUCUACAUUUUGC